UUUUUGCGUCAUCACUUUAUGCUGCUUCUUGUGUGCCGUUGCAGAGUGAAGGGGGGAAGACUAACAGUUUGUCCAAAGACUCCAGCUUUACAAUGCGAUACAGCUCAAACAGGUGGCAGAGUUUCCAGCAGCAGCAGCAGCAGCGCGCUAGAGUCCCUGAAAUGCACAGCUCCUCCACAAAUUCACUGCCACACUAACGAGAGUUGGAGAGCAAAUCCAGCCCAGGCAGGCAGGAAGGCAGGCUGAGCUGACGGAGGAGCAACACAGGCCGCUCUGAAUGUGAGGUGGAAACCAGAGGCAGGAAGAGAUGCGGAGAAAUCGAAGAAAAGGAGGCAACAAAGAGAAGGUGUUUGGAUGUGAUCUGCUGGAGCAUCUGAUCGCCUCCAAUCAGGAGAUUCCCCUGGUGCUACGAGCCUGCAGCGAGUUUGUGGAGCAACAUGGGAUCGUGGAUGGAAUCUACCGCUUGUCUGGAGUGUCGUCCAACAUCCAGAAACUACGGGGCGAGUUUGAGAGCGACGGGUCUCCAGAUCUGAACAAAGAUGUAUAUCUGCAGGACAUCCACUGCGUCAGCUCUCUGUGCAAAGCUUAUUUCAGAGAGCUGCCCAACCCUCUGCUCACAUACCAGCUGUACGACAAGUUUGCUGAGGCAGUGGCCAUCCAGCUGGAGGAGGAGAGGCUGGUAAAGAUCAGGGAUGUGCUGAAGGAGCUGCCAGAACCUCAUUACAGGACUCUGGAGUUUCUGAUGCGUCACCUGGUCAAGAUGGCUUCCUAUUCCUCAGAGACCAACAUGCACGCUCGCAACCUGGCCAUCGUCUGGGCCCCCAACCUGCUCAGGUCCAAGGACAUCGAGGCGUCGGGAUUCAACGGUACCGCCGCCUUCAUGGAGGUCCGGGUCCAGUCCAUCGUGGUGGAGUUCGUCCUCACUCACGUCCCUCAGCUGUUUCCUCUGGAAGGCGCACCUACAGAGAGGAGGAAGUCCCUCCCCUCGCCGUCGGCGCUGCCCAAUCAGGAGCUCGUGUUCUUUAGGUCGCCGGGUUUUCAGCCUAACUUUGGGAACAUUAGUCCAGGCGAUGGUCCCCUCGCCAUCAGACCCUACCACUCAAUCAUCGAAGGCACAGACAAGAGGAAAGGAUCGCUCAAAGGCAGGAAGUGGAUGUCCAUUUUCAACAUUGGAGGACGAUUCCCAGACCCGCGACGGAAACACAAACAUUCUGCCAAGGAAAAAGACAGAGCAUCUUUAAGACCGGCAAGAAGCAUGGACUCCCUCAGCACACCGUCCUACCCAAAUGAAGGUUCCAGGCGCUCUGGGCCGCGUCCUCCAUCCACCAACUUGUCCCCUGCUGCCACCAGCCUGGCUCCGCCCGGCUCAGACUCCGCAGCGCCCGCCCGGUUAGGGAGCAGAGAAUAUGCCGUGACCUACCGCAGAGGAACGGGUUUAGUGAGUGGAGGAGCAGGCACCCAGGGGACCUACACGGCUCUGGACCCAGAGGGUUUAGCGGUGCCAGGCAGCGAAGGCGUCCAGACCAGGUCUCCAGGACUCUCCAACAAAGCCAGACGAGCGGCUAUGCACAUCACCGGCCCCACCAUGGUCACCGUGCCGCUACAUAUCACCUCCAACCUGGCGUUGGGGCUUCUUCAAGGAGGUGGCAGUGACAGGGUCAUCAUCCGGGGAAGAGACAAAGACGGAGGGGACAAGCAGGACGACAAGGAGGCAGGGGGAAAGAUUGAGAUCAAGGAGCCAAAAUUAAUGGAGUGGAACGUGGAAGAGAGCAAAAAUGUUGAAGAAAAGGACAAGAGUGAAAAUGAAACGGAAGAUUUGGACACAGAGGGACAUAAAGGGGCAGCAGAAGUCUCUGAGGAGGAGAGGAAUGAAGGAGAAGAGAAAAACGGUAAGGAGCUAAGAGAAGAUUGUGUACACAAGGAGACGGGAGGAAAACAUGUACCAAGAGAAAAACGAGUGAAAAGCCACAACUCCAGCACAGAGGAAGAUAAUCACGAAAACAUGGGAGAUGAAGACCAAGACAGCGAAUACAUGGAAAUGAAGGGAUCAGAGCUGAACUGUCAGCAGGCGGCUGCAGCCUCGCAGCAUGAAGACGACAGCGUUUCUGAUUCUGGUGAUUUUCUAAACUCAACUGAAGCCGAGGAAGACGACCACAAACUGUCGGGCUACAUCCAGGACAACUUUGAAUUCCUGGACCAGAUGGACUGCAGCGCCAUGGACCACAUGGACUGCAGCGUGUCCUAUCAGAUUAAUGAAUUCUCCGUCGAGCCUCCUGGUCACUCUGAUGAUGAGUAUGAAGUCAUGGCUCAAGCUGAGAGACAGACGCUGAGUGCGACCGAGCCGAAUCCACACAGACCGCUCAGCCUCGACCUGAACAGUCGACACACUAAAUCCCUCAGCUUGCCCUACAUGACGUCGCCCGUAGACGGACCGGAGGAACGCUCUUCCUCUGACGAUGUUUCAGAAGACGAGGGAGAUGAAGACGAUUACAGCAGCGACGAAGAUGAGAGCAUGUUUGUUAAGAGCCUGCCUCCAGACUUCUUCUUGAGCAAUCUGUCUGGGCUGGAAUCAGACAACCAGGACUGUCCCAGCCCUGAGCUGGUCCAGGAGCUGCUGAGGUCUGAGGGAAAAAGCUGCGAACCGUUGGAUGUUGAACUUUCUGUUUGUAAAGAAGCAACUGAGCAUGUGCAGGAAAACGCUGGAAACGAUGAAGAAAAGCAAGAGACAAAAAAGGAGGAAGAGGAUGAAUCUCGUCAUGGAGAAGAUCAACUUGAAACGGACACACAGAGGACAACAGAUGAAUCUCCAAGCGCCGCAGAAGACGAUGAAAGUGAAAAAUGUCUAACUUCAGAAGCAUCAACAAGCUGCUGUGAGGAGCUUCAGGAAACCGACAGCGUGACUGGAGCAAAAGCUGAGGACGGGGAAGAGGUUCUGGAUGAGCCUGGAGAUGAUUCUCUUUUGACGACAAGAGAUGAUACGUCAAAAGACAUUGAAGGACAAGUCAGUGAGGAGGACAAUGCAAACAGCAGGACAAGUAGUGACAUUUGGAGUGAGAUUGAGGAUGUUGUUUGUGAAGUGAUUGAGGAUGAGGAGAGUGAGCAGUCUGAGAGGAAGGCUUCUCCAGAGGCUGAUGUCGAAGAAGAUGGAGAAGCGGAGGAGGAAGACGUGACGAACAAGACAGAAGCGUCAUCACUGGAGCCAAAUGUAGAAAAACCUUCAGAGGAAGAGAGAAAUGAGUUAAAUCAAGAAGCUGAGCAUCAAAACAUCGGAGAUGUGGUUUCCGAAGAAACAGAAAAGGAGAAGGAAGACGCAGACAGAGCAGAAAGCAGAACACAACCGAGCGCCGAUAAACAGCCAGUGAUCUCAUCUGAUAUUAGGGACUCAAAGGAAGGAAGUAAUCCUGCAAACGGCAGUGGCAGCCCAGGAGGUGUUGGGAGGAAACUGGUCGUCUCCAAGCAGCCUAAGGUUUACCAGGUCAAAGCCGUGCCGGUCGUUCCCCCGAAGCCUCAGCACUGCAAAAUCACCGCGCUGACCCUCCGUCAGCAGCAGCAGGAACGAGAGAGGAAAGACAACGCUCUGAAGGUCCCCACAGAGCAGGAGCGGGACGGAGACGGGGACAGCGAGACCGCCGAGAAAAAGGACAGGCCGUCAAUGCUCAGAGAGAAGAGGAGGGACGGCCUGGACGCAGCGGUGAGGGACGCGAAGAGGAACAGCCCGCUCAGCAUGUGCUUCGAUGAGGCGGUGGCCAUUGCGACGCUGAGGCGGGAGAAAGAGCGAGGAAGAGAAGGAGAGGCGGACCCAGAGGGACUGGGGAAGUGAGGGACAGUAGCUGGGCCUCCAUUACAAAUGUGUGCAAAACUUUGUCGACAUUCCAGAAACAAAAUUUCACAACUGCGACGUUUUCAUGAAAUAAGAAAUGCAAUUUAAAAUCAUGUUUUUGUUCACGCAAUAUGUCCACAGCAAAGACAGAUGUAAACAGUUACUUGAGAUUAUAGUCAUAACUCAGCGACAAGUCUCUUAUAUUUGUGAACGGUUACGUAUGCAGCGUUUUGGGGAAAUUGUAGAUUUUAGCUACAGAUUCAAUAUGUCUGAAUGACAAACUCAUCUUUUUAUAAACUAUGAGAACUUUGUUGGAUCCAGCUGGACAUAGUUAGAAAAAAACAAAAACAUUUGUCCUUCUAUCACUUCCUGUCAUCUUCUUUGGCGUUUCUGACAGUAGCUGUCGAUCACACGAGCCGUGUGAUGCGAAAAAAUGUAUUCCAUGGCAGUUUUGUGAAAUACAUCCAUUUCGGUAUGACUGAAAAACCACCUCAUUCUACCACAAAAGUGAGAUUUUUCAAAAUUGCUGGCUGUGUUUCCAUGAACCGGAUUUUAAAAAUUCCAAAUUGCCCAAAUUUACUAACAGUGGAAACACAGCUAGUAAAACUUCAUCAUUAUUUUAUUUUGUGAUUGCUGACAUUUUUGUCAUCAAUGUUAAUAUUUAGUUUUAUUGGUUUACAAGCAUCAUAGUAGCUUUGUUGAAAACAGUUUAUAAAGUUAUAAAGGCGUAAAAAGCUACCACCAUAUAGUUUAGUGGUAAAAUCUCACCAAAAUAUUUGACUCAUUUUUCAGUGGAAAAAUUCUCCUACACAUCUGUAUCAUCUGUGUAAUUAUUGGCACCCGUGGAGCCUUGGUGACCCCAGCAUGCCACUUUGUGACUUGUUAAGAUAAAUGUGGGUUCCAGUUGUUUUGCAUUUUUAAUUAUUGCUCUGCCCCUAAGGGCAAGAUGCAACGAGAAGCUACUUAUUUUCUCAUUUGUAUAUCAACUUCCCUAACUUUAAUGAUAUAGCUCCUUCUCUUUCCCAUUUUGAAAAACAGCUAAGAGAAAUCGGCCUCUGUGUCACGUUACACUUCCACCCCAGAACUAGGAACAACUUAAAAAUAUAGAGAAUAAAUAAAAAAAUAGUUCAACUUCAUUUAGGUCACAAUAAUUGUGACGGGAGGCAUUUCUCACAUGAGAUUUUCAUUCCUACUGAAUAAAUGUGGUAAAGUUAAAAGUGUAUUUUUCAAUUCUUUUUUUCAUUUUCAAUGGUGAGAUUAUGGAACUGAAAUGGAAGAUGAUAAUUUAACUUAAGGCUUUUCAUACAUCUUUACCCGAUUUUUUCUCAUUUUAAUUUUGCAUUCGUCAGACACAAAUGAAAUAAUAGAAACUUGAGAUCCAGUUUGUUAUAAGUGUGUUGAAGUCAUUAUAACUUAAUCCCAGGCUUUAAUAAUUCUGCCUGGAAUUAUUCUAAAUAAAAUAUGAAAAAUGCAAACAUUGAGGUGGAACGAAGUAUUUAGUGCUGCUCCAACAUCACAUUAUACAGAUGAACAGCCUUUAUAAAUACUCGUCAUUCUUCAUCUCUGUUGUGUGAUGGUUGUAUUAUAAAAAAAAAAAACAUUUCACUUUGUUUACCUGCAUUUUGAUUCUCAAGAUUUUGGAGAUUAGUUUUGAGCACUUACCGUUUGCACUUAUCUUUGGGUCAGUUGUUUCUAUGCAAAGUUUAUGUACAUAAAUAGUUUAUCUGAAAUUGAUUGAUUGACAUGUCUGGUUUGAGGCAUUUGAAUAAAGAGCAUUGUGAAUUAA